GCUUCCAAUCCCUUCCACGCUUCCCAUGGAACUUGCAAAAAUCCCCUGAUUCAAUCUGCUUGAGGGGCUGGCCUCCCACAGCAGCCCUGAAGGAUGUAACCAACUACCAGACCCGGGGGCAGCUCCUCCGCCUUAAGAAAGUGGUGCUGGUUGCCUCGAGGCUUGCCCCCUGGAAAUGACGCCUUGCUAACCGGACUGGGGCCCAUCUCGCCAGGAUUCAAGAUGGAAAAGACCUUUGGCAACCUCAGCUCGAUUGUGCCAGCUUCGCGCCUCACCCCGGCCUUCCCGCCGGCCGUCAAGGUUGGGCUGACGGCUCUGUACACGGGCCUCUAUGCCUUGCUUUUCCUUUCGGUCUACGCCCAGCUCUGGCUGGUCCUCUUCUAUCGCCACAAGAAGUUCAGCUACCAGACUGUCUUCCUCUUCCUCUGCCUCUUCUGGGCUGCGCUGCGCACCACGCUCUUCUCCUUCUACUUCAAGAACACCCUCAAAGCCAACCACCUGAGCCCUUUCUUCUUCUGGCUCCUAUACUGCUGCCCCGUCUGCCUGCAGUUCUUCACCUUGACCCUCAUGAACUUGUAUUUUGCCCAGGUGGUUUUCAAGGCCAAAGCAAAAUACCGCCCUGAACUGACCAAAGGCCUGUUGGCAGUGCGAGGGGCAUGCCUGGGCGCCAGCCUCCUCUUCCUGGCGGUGAACGUGGUGUGCGCUGUGCUGGUGCGAGGGCGCCGCGCUGAGCCCUGGGCCGUGGUCCUGGCACGCGUCCUCAUCAGCGACUCGCUGUUUGUGCUGGGGGCCGUCUCUCUGGCCCUCUGCCUCUGCCUCGUCGCCCGGGGUUCUCCUUCCACCCGCAUCUACCUGGAAGCCAAGGGCACCUCGCUGUGCCAAACGGCCGCCAUGGGUGGCAUCAUCGUCCUGCUCUACGCCAGCCGAGCUUGCUACAACCUGGCGGCCCUGGCUCUGUCCUCCCGCACCCGACUCGACUCCUUCGAUUACGACUGGUACAACGUAUCCGACCAGGCAGAUCUGAUCACGGACCUGGGAGACCAAGGUUACGUCAUCUUCGGCCUCAUUCUCUUCAUCUGGGAGCUGCUGCCCACGUCUCUGCUAGUCGGCUUCUUCCGGGUGCACCGGCCAGCUCAGGAUAUGAGCGCCAGCCGUGUCUUCAACCGGCAGCUGGGGGUCUCCCGAUCCUACUUCUUUGACCAUCCCGGGCAGCGCGAAAGUGAAGGACUGACGAGCAGCCUGACGGGACGCCUGGGCAGCGUCGGGAGCUGGUACGGCUCGAUCAACCGCAGCGGGGAGCAGGACUGGUUUGGGGGGCCCCCUCCCACGGCCCCCCUUUUGUUCUCGCAGGCCACGGUGUCCGGCAGCCACCACCACAGCCUCUAUUCCACCCCGCAGAACUGAGGGGAGCGGGGGGUUGGGGCGAGUUUGUGGGGCACUGAUGUGAAGACCCAGGAAUCACUACUGAUGUAGGACAGGUUUCUAUGAAGGAGCAGGGUAUUAUACACGGUAUUAUAAGCACCAUCACCCCAUUCCCCAAACUGUAGGAAAACCCAGCUUUAUUUCUUUUAGCCAUUUGGGGGGGGGCUGGGUUGGCUCUUGUUGCUGGCAUCUUGGUCUUGAUGCUUAAGCUCUCCGCCUCCUUCCCCAGCCCCCUUUCUGCCCCCCCUCACCCCCACCCCGGGUACUUAACCAAUAGUAGACGGAAAACUCUUGGCACUUUAAUCGACUCGGAUUGAAGAGAGGGGCGGGCUCAGUUUUAUCUGUGAUGUCAUUGUUUUAAUGAAUUCUGGUCAAAUGUGUCUACAGGGCAGGGGGGUUCCUCCUUUGCCCCCUCUUCCCAUGAGCUGGUAGCGGCAGUGUUUUGGAGUAGCCUUUUGUUAUUUGCUAGACAUGCUGCAGUUUUGGUGCUAUUCCAUUGCCCCACCCCCACCCCAAACUUAACAAUAAAGUCCACUUUGUGUUAGCGA